AGUAAUUAUAGUCGAGUAGACUCGACUAAGGAUGAUACGUUUUUCUGUGCAAAAAAUAUCCAAUUAAUGUUCUCUUCAAUAUAGUUAUGACUUUGUGAAGAUUGGUAAUGAUCAGAACUAUACCUUUGGAAAAUACUGUGGACGGAGGACUGGACAGACAGUUGUAGUUUAUGGAAACUUCGCCUUGGUAACAUUCCAUUCAGACGUCAUUGUCAAUAAGAGGGGAUUCUUCUUCCGUUUCAAAACGGUUCUCACUGGUUUGUAUAGUUGUCUCCUAAAAAUUUUCAAUGAAGUGGUGAGAGUGUGCUGUUAUCUUAAAGAGAAAAACAAAAUAACUAUAUAACUGAACUCGUUCUUUGUCAGCGGCAUUAAUGAACCUCUUAUGGAUGAUGGCAACUAUUCACAGGGUUUCGAGUGCAAUUUGGGAAAAUCAGCACGAGUAAUUUUUUUUAAGGCUAACCAAAUUUCAUGACCCUUACGACGAGUUCAAUUCGUAAUGUAUGAAAACUCUACGAGUACUGAUUUCUGACGAGAAAAAUCAUGCGAUUACUGAUUUUUAAUAUACAUGCAAAAAUUUGAUUCUGUUUUUCUCUCAGCCAUGGUUACUGUUCUUUGGUGCGGCUUCUUUCCUUCGUGUUUUUGCUGGAGUCGUCGGGAUUUUCCCUCAAGAAUUAGCUUCGAGCUUUUAAGAGGUGAUCUCUGUAAGAGCGGUCCAGGGCAUUUCGCAUCGGAAAAAAGUUUUCCCUCAAACUUAGCCCGAUAAACUAUCUUUGGUAACAAGUAAAUAAAACCACAUUAGUUUCUGGAAAUACGUUAAAAUGAAAAUUUUUAGAGCUCUCAAAAGUCAAAGCUGCAAAAGGCCCUUUUUUGACCUCUUGCGACAUCGAAAAUUUCAAAAGUUGAAUAGCCCGGUCCUCGUAUCCCACCACGUGCAGCAAAAAAUAUUUUGUAUUCUUAAAGUGUGUGAUAUAUAAGGUGUAUAGAAAGCAUUUCAAUUUUGAUAUUCGUUUAUUCAGAGGCUCUUCAUAAUUUAUUUAAAAACACUCGUUGGACUGUUGGACAGCUUUCUGAAAUUGGUUAAAAGUACUCUUUCUUUCUUGGUUGAUAUUGCUCAAGUCCAGACCAGACCAUUAAAAACUCCGCUUGAUUUCUGCUAAUAAGAUGUUUGGCUGCAGAAAAAUAUAAAAACAUCUUGCACUUAUUGAUUUUCUUCGCAGAGGUGACUUCAAACUUUUAGCGGUAUUGCUAGCGUGACAGCCGAUUAUGCAAAUUAGUUCAUUGAGCAAACUCCGACCGUUUUAUAUGAGUAGCUCAAUAAAUCUUAGAUUUUAACCAUUUUAAGUAGAAAAUAUAGUAGAAAUAUAGUAUACAGAGCUUUAAGACCACACCGAUUAAUGCCUUAAACAUUUUAAAAGGCCAAAAUUUAACAAAUUGUAAUAUCUCGUGAUGAAAGACGUCAAAAACAACGUAUCGAAUAACAUAAUUUGAUUAGCGCUCGCAAACUCUUUUUUAAAAAUUUGGCUUCUGUUAUUUCAUAUUUGAGUUCUGACAGCUUACACUAUUCAAACCUGUAUGAACAUUUCAAAACCAAACUACAGGAUUCUAUUUAGUGUAACCGGCGAUAACAGCACACACUGAAAUACACCGUGACCACUGUCACCUAAUUCAAUUGUGUAAUUAUCCUGAAUUGCUUCUCCCUUCGUAAUAUAGCAGCGAUGGCUCGGAUUUCUACCUGAAAGGGAAAAAAUGAUAUAUGGUCGUCACACCUGUCUGCAUAACAGUCUCUGUUCAUAAGUUUGAAGAGUCCUUGUGAAAAAGGAUAUGGCAUUCGCAUAAUUAACGGGUGGACGUCAUAACUAGAUUGCAUAACAACUGCACUCCGACAUCAUUUCCUCCAUUUUUGCAAGAGGUGCUGCAUUUGUAUCUUGCAUUUUGAAUGCGAGCUCAAAAUGUUUGCACGUGUCUCUUAGCAUCUUGACUUUGAGACUAGGCAACUUUGCUUCUCUUGCCAACGAGCACACAUCAUAGAUAUCAAACAUGAUUGGAUGUUUCAAUCCUAUCUCAUGCAUUACUGAGUUCCUCGCCUCUGUCAAACACUCUUCGUCUAAAUCAGACGGGGAUGCCUCUAUCAAGUGGUCGUCUGCGUCGGUGGCAUCGUCCGAUUCUUGUUGUAUUUUAGAUCGCUGUUUAAGGCACAAUAUCGGGAAGAAAUCCUGAAUCUGUAUGUUGGAUAAACACUCUGUUCUAUCGAACAUUCUCUCUCCAUCUAUUGUGCAAGCAGUUCGCAUAUCCUUUGCUACGUUCUCUGGGUUUGGUUUCUGCCAGUGUCUCAUCCGAUAUUAAAUUUCUGUGUCAAGAACUGCCUGAAAUUUUUCGAAAGCCGUUGACUUGCACCUCUCUCACGAAGAGCCCAUCCCAUGAGAAGUUUUGAUGUACUUGUCAAGGGUUCUGUGGCUACUGCAACCAGUUCAGUCGAACUUUCACCCUCUAAUGACAAUGACUGAAAGUGAUGAACCCACUACCUCUUCACUUUGUCAUAGAGACUUUAAGUCAUGCUCGUAGGCAUAGGACUUACAUGAUGAACUAGCUAGUUCAUAUGGAAGUCAAGGUCGGCCUGGGUCUUAAAAUCUUCAUUGCAACCAGGUUCAGGGCAUUGAUAGGAACUACCGUCGUUGCCAUCAUUGCUUUCUCCUGCUGAUGCAGUUCGUCGAGCAGUAGUGGGGAAAGUGGAAUCUCCUCCACCAGAUCCGUCUUUUUUCUGUGGAAAAAUUGCAAUUUUAAUUUUACCGAAUAAACUUUCCAGGCGUAACAUUAAACGCUCUUCAAACGCACAGGCCCUCUUGUGUAAACUCAAAGUUGUGUAAGUUGCUGAAAGUGGCAAUCUUGAUAUCCGAGCCCUCGUAAAGAUGAUACCAGCUUACCGUUGUGAUAGCCACCUGCUUCAUCCGAUCUUAGAAAGGCCUUUUUUAUGCCUGAAUUUCGUAACUUUAUGCUGACAAAGAUAUUUUCUAGGACUGACAGCACUGAAAACCAGUCUUGUUUACAGCUGUUAAGAGGGUGUACGUAUCAGGUUACUUCCAGGCUUUCCUCCUGUCUUACAACAACGCUACUCACAUGCCAAUUGAUUUCCCUCUUGAGAAAGCAUUCUGCUUGCUUUUCCCAGAACUUCAUCGCUAUGAAUUGUCGAUACUUUGAAGGGAGGUAAAGCAUUUAUAAUAGUUGACUGGACAAUGAAGUUCAUAGCGAUGAAGUUCUGGGAAAAGCAAGCAGAAUGCUUUCUCAAGAGGGAAAUAAAUUGGUAUGUGAGUAGCGUUGUUGUAAGACAGGAGGAAAGCCUGGAAGUAACCUGAUAUGUGAUAAGUCCUGUGCCUACGAGCAUGACUUAAAGUCUUUAUGACAAAGUGAAGAGGUAGUGGGUUCAUCACUUUCAGUCAUUGUCAUUAGAGGGUGAAAGUUCGACUGAACUGGUUGCAGUAGCCACAGAACCCUUGACAAGUACAUCAAAACUUCUCAUGGGAUGGGCUCUUCGUGAGAGAGGUGCAAGUCAACGGCUUUCGAAAAAUUUCAGGCAGUUCUUGACACAGAAAUUUAAUAUCGGAUGAGACACUGGCAGAAACCAAACCCAGAGAACGUAGCAAAGGAUAUGCGAACUGCUUGCACAAUAGAUGGAGAGAGAAUGUUCGAUAGAACAGAGUGUUUAUCCAACAUACAGAUUCAGGAUUUCUUCCCGAUAUUGUGCCUUAAACAGCGAUCUAAAAUACAACAAGAAUCGGACGAUGCCACCGACGCAGACGACCACUUGAUAGAGGCAUCCCCGUCUGAUUUAGACGAAGAGUGUUUGACAGAGGCGAGGAACUCAGUAAUGCAUGAGAUAGGAUUGAAACAUCCAAUCAUGUUUGAUAUCUAUGAUGUGUGCUCGUUGGCAAGAGAAGCAAAGUUGCCUAGUCUCAAAGUUAAGAUACUAAGAGACACGUGCAAACAUUUUGAGCUCGCAUUCAAAAUGCAAGAUACAAAUGCAGCACCUCUUGCAAAAAUGGAGGAAAUGAUGUCGGAGUGCAGUUGUUAUGCAAUCUAGUUAUGACGUCCACCCGUUAAUUAUGCGAAUGCCAUAUCCUUUUUCACAAGGACUCUUCAAACUUAUGAACAGAGACUGUUAUGCAGACAGGUGUGACGACCAUAUAUCAUUUUUUCCCUUUCAGGUAGAAAUCCGAGCCAUCGCUGCUAUAUUACGAAGGAGAAGAAGCAAUUCAGGAUAAUUACACAAUUGAAUUAGGUGACAGUGGUCACGGUGUAUUUCAGUGUGUGCUGUUAUCGCCGGUUACACUAAAUAGAAUCCUGUAGUUUGGUUUUGAAAUGUUCAUACAGGUUUGAAUAGUGUAAGCUGUCAGAACUCAAAUAUGAAAUAACAGAAGCCAAAUUUUUAAAAAGAGUUUGCGAGCGCUAAUCAAAUUAUGUUAUUCGAUACGUUGUUGUUGACGUCUUUCAUCACGAGAUAUUACAAUUUGUUAAAUUUUGGCCUUUUAAAAUGUUUAAAGGCAUUAAUCGGUGUGGUCUUAAAGCUCUGUAUACUAUAUUUCUACUAUAUUUUCUACUUAAAAUGGUUAAAAUCUAAGAUUUAUUGAGCUACUCAUAUAAAACGGUCGGAGUUUGCUCAAUGAACUAAUUUGCAUAAUCGGCUGUCACGCUAGCAAUACCGCUAAAAGUUUGAAGUCACCUCUGCGAAGAAAAUCAAUAAGUGCAAGAUGUUUUUAUAUUUUUCUGCAGCCAAACAUCUUAUUAGCAGAAAUCAAGCGGAGUUUUUAAUGGUCUGGUCUGGACUUGAGCAAUAUCAACCAAGAAAGAAAGAGUACUUUUAACCAAUUUCAGAAAGCUGUCCAACAGUCCAACGAGUGUUUUUAAAUAAAUUAUGAAGAGCCUCUGAAUAAACGAAUAUCAAAAUUGAAAUGCUUUCUAUACACCUUAUAUAUCACACACUUUAAGAAUACAAAAUAUUUUUUGCUGCACGUGGUGGGAUACGAGGACCGGGCUAUUCAACUUUUGAAAUUUUCGAUGUCGCAAGAGGUCAAAAAAGGGCCUUUUGCAGCUUUGACUUUUGAGAGCUCUAAAAAUUUUCAUUUUAACGUAUUUCCAGAAACUAAUGUGGUUUUAUUUACUUGUUACCAAAGAUAGUUUAUCGGGCUAAGUUUGAGGGAAAACUUUUUUCCGAUGCGAAAUGCCCUGGACCGCUCUUACAGAGAUCACCUCUUAAACUUUCUGUAGGAAUAAUUUAGAGUUUGCAACCUUUCUCAGCCAGAACUCGCUUUACACGACUGCUGUCACGCUCGUAAUUUAAUGAUUAAAUUACAAGCCUGUACGAACGGCUGCGUAGGCUCCCAGAGAAUUUAUUCCAUGGCGUCCAGUUCUUACGAUUUAUUACUUUUAUCAUGGUCGUUUUUGGGAGCCCAAGACGUUCUGACAUUAAACCAGCUGUUUCCAAUUUGUUAGGUGCUUUUGUUCUGAAUCAAAACGUUGUUAUUUUCUCCUAACCUGUCCGACAUUUUGUUUUGUUGUACUUUCGCGACUCUCCAACCAAUCAAUUUGAUUCUAACGUUCUCUGCACCCAGUUUUAACUUUCAAUUUUAACUGGGAUAAAUUGAAGUAUCCUAAACAAAUAGACAAGCUGAAAUGUUUGCAUGUAUAUCUAUUCGCCGAAGGAGAAAUGAAUAUUGUUGAGUAAUCCACGAGACGAAGUCGGGGGAAUUAUUCAAUACUAUUGAAUGAGUGUGAGGCGAAUAAUUGUUAUAGCAUAUUGCUAAGGCGCUUUCGAAUUCCGUUCUUAUUUCAUUCUGUUGCUGAAAUCAUUCUGUAAAUAAAAACACUUGCAUAUCUUUUGUUAUAAUUGUUUCAAUUUCUUGUAUCAAUAUAAACAGCCAAUUUCCACGAGAAUUUAACAGCGAAAAAGAUCUAUUUAACUUAUGAGAAGUUUUGCAAAAAAACACAGCUGCAACUUUUGUUAUUCGGAAUUUUUUUUUCUAUCACGUUUCUCUCUUCCUCGGUAACUUUGCUAAACACGAGGCAGCCAUUUUGAAAUUAAUUAAGCGCCAAUGUCAUAAUCACCUCGCGUGAGGUGAUUAUAUCUAGAUAUGACGCAAUCCCCGACCAAUCAGAGCGCACGCAUCUUUAUAACCACAGGAGCAAUUUCAUAUGGUAAAUCUGGGAAAAGUUCAUGUAAUAUUAACUUAGUCUGACCACUAACUGUUUUACAUUUUAAUUUUUUUUUUACCUAGUUCCCCCCGAAAUAUCCUUACCAGCCGUUGUGGAAGCUUUCCCAGGUUACAGAGUGAAAAUUCCGGUGACUGGAACUCCACCAAUAUACACAGCAAUAAUAAGAGACUCUACCGUGUUGGUAAACACAACAUAUACUGCAGCCUUUCAGUUCUAUAAUGGGUCAAAUUACACCUCUGUUGCCCUUAGCAAGUAUGGAUAUGAUACGAGAGAUUUCACUGUGAUUUCUAGAGGUAAGGAAUUUCUGAGUGAAAUGAGGUUCCAAAAACUCUACCCAUCGAAUCGAACCUGUAUUAAGCAGUGCUCGUGGUUUGCGAAAUGAACUUAACUUAUUUUCCUCCACACUCAGAUUCAAAUUAACAGCGCUUUGCUCUCUACUUCAUAUCAAUGUUGUUUAAAACAGGAGUUCAUUGAUCCAAGGAUUUAAUUUAAUCAGUUUUGCUAGUUUGCCUUUCCUAUACUUUCCUUUCUUUCUUUCAGAUUGUGGACAUGCCUGUUCUCCGAGGUUCAACAGUCGCAUUCAAAAUGAACUCUUCUGUGAAAACGUGACAGCAACACAACUUAAGAUGUGUCUUUCACCGUUGACAGAAACAUUGUAA